CAAGGCGUUACUUUCAAGUCGUUUGUGGCGCAAAGAUGGCAGAGAAAGACCUGAGCAGACCCCAAAUGUUUUUAUUUGGGUGUGUGCUGAAGGCUGAUAAAAAAGAGCACAAAGUCGAAGUGGACGAUGAUGAAGUUGACCACCAGCUGUCCCUGAAAGCGGUGUGCCUGGGAGCAGAAGCAGAGGAUAAGUUACAUACAGUGGAAAUAGAGGGAGUGACAUACGAUGGCAAGACGACCAAAAUCCCUCUUGCUGUACUGAAACCUUCUAUUCUGCCUUCUUUAAGUUUAGGGGGAUUUGAAAUCACUCCCCCAUUCACGUUCCGUUUGCAGUCUGGAGCCGGCCCGGUUUACAUCAGUGGGCAACAUUUUGUCAGUAUGAAGGACUCUGAUGAUGAGGAAGAAGAGGAGGAGAAUAACACAUCACCAGUAAAGAGGCCUUCCAAUAUGGCCACUGGAAAAGUGCCACUGAAGAAGCUCAAAAUGGAUUCAGACAAUGAUGAUGAAGAAGAUGAGGAUGAUGAUAGCGAAGAUGAAGAGGAUGAUGAUAGCGAUGAACAUGAUGAAGAUGAAAAGCCAGUUGCUUCAAAUGCCAUGAAACCCUCACUGAAAGCCCCAGAGAAAAAGAAGAGCGCAGACAAACAGAACGGCUCGCCAGGAAAAAAAGAUGACAAACCAGGGAAGCCUCAGAGCCAGGUUACAAUAAAGGGUAAAGACAAGACUGGAGCAGGACCUUCUGGGAAGACUCCCAGCAAGCUCAGCAUAAGUGAGGUCAAGAACAGAUUAGCAACUGCUGCUAAAGAGGGCAAGCCAUUUCCAAAAACGGAACAGAAAUUCGAGAACUACGCCAAGAACGCUUUCAAGAUCUCUGAUAAACAAGUGAUCAAAGACCUUUGGAACUUUGUACAAACACUGAAAAAGUAAUGGCAGCUUUUGCGACUCGUCCCCCCCCUUGCGUCCCCCCCAUGUACCAGAGGACUAUCCAGUGAUGGCCUUCAGCUGUGAAUUCUGGCUUCUCCCACUCUAAUGGAAACCGUCCACUUUCCUCUGUGUGUAAUGAGACUUUCAAAAUAGAAAGACACUGAGUAGUUAAAGAGAGCUCAUUACCUUGUGUUAUUCUAACAAACCCUUCCAAUGUGUUGUGGAUGUGUCGGACAUAGGAUUUCUAUCAAUGGUGGUAAAUAUUGUAUGACAGCUAUGAAGUAGCUAGGGUAAUUUGUGUUGAAAUACAUCUGUGGGGUUAAUUGCAGUAUAAACACCAAUUUAGGAAUUGGAAGAAUAUUUCUGAAGGAGUCUCCCGCUGUAUCUGAGCAGGUUAGCCUUUUGCUACAGGCAGCUUUUCUUGGAAUAGUUUGAAAAUGACCAUCAUUUGCUGUAAAUAGUGCUAUUCAUUUUAAUGUAAAAACAUGGCAACUGAAAUAUAGCUGAAGAUUGCGUCUGCUUCUCAGUAUUCCGUCUGGCCCAAAAUGUUCCGUCUGACUGAGGAUUCCAUCUGGCUCACAGUAAGCCUUGUAGCUCCGAAAAUCCCGUCUGGCUGCGCUUCUAUAGCUCUCUGUAAGGUGGAAAUCUUGGUGAGCCAAGGUAUCUUUGCCUAGGUACUGUAAUCAGAUAAAGUGAUCUUUUAAGGGUUUUUAGCAGUCUGUUGCCAGAAAAUGACAGCAAAAAAAUAUUCAUUGGCUUAAACUGUGAAACGAUUUCACAGAUGCAUUCCAGUUCGUUUAGUGCUUUGAAUUCCAGAGGCAAUGCUAAUGUGCAUUAUCUUUUCAGCAUUUUUUCUAGUAUUUCAUUUUAUUAAUGCACUCUUGAAUUUGUCUUUUGUUGUACUUCUACUGUAAUAUUUUAAAUAGGAUUACUUAAUCCUUUACAUCUUCUAAUUGUAUUUGUUUAAUGUUGUACUUACUCACUGAUGUUUCAGAGGGGGUUUUAACCCAGAAUGUUUCAAGUGUUUUAACGGUUAACAAAAGAAUAAUCUGAUUGUUGCCUAGGUCUCAGAUACACUAUAUAGCCAAAAGUUUAUGGACAUCUUACCAGCACACACAAAAGUUUGUCUUCCCCAAACUUUGGCCACAGAAUUAUAUAGGAUGUCUCUACAUACUGUUGAAUUAAAAUUUCUUUUCAGUGGAACUAAGAGGCCCAAACAUGUUCCAGUAUUACAAUGCCCCUGGGCACAAAGCAAGCUCCGUGAAGACAUGUUCUGCCAAGGUUGGUGUGGAAGAACUUGAGUGUCCUGCACAGAUCCCUGACCUCAACACCUCUGGAAUGAAUUGCAACCGACUGCACCCCAGACCUCCUCACCAAACAUCAGCACCUGAACUCACUAAUACUGUUGUUGCUGAAUUGAAAGUCACACUCCACAAUCCACUGGUAAGCAUUUUGAGACGUGUAGAGGUUAUUAUAGCAGUAGAACUGGGACUAAAGCUGGAGUAGGAUGUUCAAAAUUCAAAUACUUUUGAAAACAAAUACUUUUGGUUAUAUAGUGUAAUUUAGACCUUGAACUAUGGUAUUUCUAAUGCAUUUAUGUAGUUGCUUUAAAGACUAACCUAACAAUGCCACAUAUUUUGUGAAAGAUAUGCAUAAGCACACAGAUUCCAUAUAGUUUUACAGUUGGAAUCCAAGUUCCCAUUGGCCAGUAAAUUGGCACAAUCUCUGAUCUGUCCAAGUAAAUUACAGUGCUAUAAAACUAGUCAGUCCAAUCAUCUACAUUAGUCAUUAGCCCUGUUUUCCAUGUGAGGUACAUUUUACUUGAGAGUUUAAAAAAAAUCUUCAUUUUACAGUUUGACUUAUCCAUGCUUUUUGUAUUUACAUAUUUCAUUGGCAAAAAGGAAUAAAGUAAACUGCCCCAGACA